GCGCGCAUUCCCCGACCGGCCAAGUCUCAGCGAGAGAAAACCCUGCUAAUUACCUUUGAUAGGAAAAGCCUGUACCGCGACGUGAAACCCAACCGUUUUCUAUUUUGUAUUCCACGCAAAUGUAUCCAAGAGCGUACGAUGUUCAGCCUAGUUCGUAUUCCUACCCUCCGCAGAAUUAUGCAGGAGCAGUUCACUUUCCUUAUGGAUAUUCUCAGUCGCGAUUUACUAACUACAGCAACGUUCCGAUACAGCCGCAAGAUCUCUCAGAAUUGCCGCGACACCCUCCACCUCCACUUUCGCACCUAACCGAGCAACUGAGUGGAAACCAUCGCGCUCAGACAGAAGAUCGGCCUUCGUGCAUGCUUCAAGAAAAAGGUUUACCAGUUUUCUUCCGAGUCACUUCGCGUCCGCUUGAUCGACGUAGAAAUCGUCGAGGAUCAGAGUCCUUCGACGACGGCGUUAAAGAUUUUCCCAGUUCUGAGGAACAAACGGGGUCAAGUACGGACACUAAGAAAAGAAAAGAGAGGACAGCUUUCACAAAACAUCAGCUUCAAGAACUGGAGAAUGAAUUCCUUCGUAACAAUUAUCUAACAAGAUUGAGGAGGUACGAAAUUGCAGUGAGUUUGGACUUGACCGAAAGACAGAUAAAAGUUUGGUUUCAAAAUCGGCGAAUGAAAUGGAAGAGGAUAAAAGGGCAGCCUUUACAAAAAAGGGGGAAUUAUUCUGUUGAGGAUGAAGAGGAAGAAACAACAACAUGAUUGCUUAUGGAUCAAAUAAAAAAUACUUUAAAGAAAGAACUUGUGAAUCCAAAUUGCGUUGUACACCAAAGGGAACUGUGUUCUGUUGGAUUUUCUCCACGGAUUUGGAGACACAAGCUCGAUAACUUCAAGGAAAGCCAGAGAUUUAAAAGGAAAAGGGCGAAGAUCAUGUUAUUUAGUCAGAAACAAGGGAGCUAACAUAGGUAAAAUUAAGAAUUUUUUUGAACCGUUAAUUUGUCGUUCGGAUGGAGGUAAUAUUAAAAGGUAACGCGGCAUGGCAAUCCAUUGAAUACAAAAAAACAAAAAUUGCGGAAAUGGUAAAGAAAAUUGUAUUUUUUAUCUAUGUACAGUCUGUAAACCUCUAUCACAUAUAUUUUGAAUUGUAACUCGUAAUGAAAAGAACACGAAUGCUGAUUUAAAAUGACAAAUUUAAAAUACAGCGGAAGUCGAUUGGAAUAAGUUGCAAAAGACUGAGAGGAACAAAGGCAAUAUAAUAUAACCUUUGUCGUUCUUUCUUUAUUUUCUGAAUCCGUAAAGCCUCAUUAUUUUAAAAUAUAGAGAAUUUCAGUAUUGUAGCUAAGCUUAAUGUAUCAGUUUGUAGAUUUCUUGUUACUCGUUUAGGGGAACUACUACCAAUACAGAAGGUGUCAAGUGCCCGGCUUGCUCGUUUUAAUUAGAUUCCGAGACCGAGUGGUCUAUGUGAUCUAUGUUGAUGCACUUAUCUGUUGCAGUGCUAUAUUUUAAAAGGAAAACUGAGUUACUUUACAAUUAUUUAUCCAGUUUUAAGGGAUGCAAGUGGUGAAUGAUUCAAUUGACCUUUUGCGAUUGUGGAGCUACAGUAUUCCAAGAUUCGCGAAAAAUAUAUCAGUAACUUGAGCACAACUCCAUAGUAAAUAUUAUUGAACAACGUCAAACCCAAAUCUUAAAAAUUGUUGUAAACUUAACGCCAAGAGAGAUGGAUAUGUUUAAUGAACACCCUAUAAAAUUAAAUCGUCACUGCAAUGUAAAUUCACUCAAGACGGAAGGGCCGAUAUUUCAGGACCCAUUGAGGAGCUAAAUACAAAAAUUCACAAUGUCAUAAAACUGUGCAGAUUGUUUGACAUGUAAAAGCCUUGGCUUCGACUCGUAAUCUAGUUGGUAGUUGAAUACUUUUAAAGAAAAAUAUGAUUGUCAGUUUCUCCUUUAAAUGAUUAACUCUCCCUGUAUAGUCUGAGUCGCUAUAACCUCACUAGUUUAUGUGAAAGUAAAUAUCACCAAUAAAUUCC